GUGAGUGAGUGAGUGAGUGAGUGAGGUGUUCAGCAGGUGAACAGCAGCUCUGCGUCAGGAAAAUGAACAACAGGCUGAACACGACUUCAUCCUCAGAGGAGAGCCGCUUUCUGGAGGAGUUUCCGCUGUCUGCUGGGCAGGCCAGUGUGUUCAGUAAUGAAAAACACAAGUCAGAGUUCCAGACUUUCAAGAAGAAGAUGACCCUGGAUGGCGAAGAGGACGGUGUGAGUUACGUGUUAAUCGAUGAGCUUCAUGAGAAGUUUGGCCCUGCGGUCAUGCACAUCCAGGAGCAGGACGUGAUUGGCAUCGGGGCUGAUGUGUACGGACAGAGCGGCCAGGAGAGACUCUGCUGGUUACAGGUGGCCACUAAGAAGGUGGUGUACCUGUUCGACAUCCUCCUGCUGGGCGGUCCGGCGUUUAAGAACGGCCUGUCGAUGAUUCUGGAGAACACACACAUCCUGAAGGUGCUCCAUGACUGCCGCUGCAUCACCCGCUGCCUGAGGACAGAGUUCAGGGUGCAGCUGACCAAUGUGUUCGACACACAGGUGGCUGAGCUGCUGCUGUUCUUCAACGAGAGCGGAGGGUUUCUGCCGGACCGACUGGCUUUACUCCCAGAGCUGCUGCAGCUUCACCUCAGACUGACCACAGCGGAGAUCCAGCCCCUCUGCUCCAAACAGCAGCAGAGCAGGGAGUGUGUGCAGCUGUGGUAUGUGCGUCCGUGUCCUCCAGAUCUCCUCAGUCUGAUGUGUUCUUCAGUCCAGCAUCUCCUCUCUCUGCGUCUGCUGCUGCUGGACGCUCUGCUGGCGGAUUACACUGUGCUGGUGGACUCCUUCAUGAGCAGCUCUCACUGCCCACCACUGCACUUCCAGCAGGAUGAGUGCGCGGUGCCGCCGGAGCUGCAGGAGCUGAUGUGUGUGCGUCAGCAGAGGAUGGACUGGGCGUCUCAGUGUUACUCUCAGACUGACAGUGGUCUUCUGCAGCGCUCCAGCUUUAAAGCCUCUCCACACACUCCAGCAGACGCUCAGUAAUGCUGUCCUGCGGUAAACGCUCUUCUGUUCAGUCUUUCUGUUCACGUGUUUUGUGUUGUGUAUUAAGAGUUCACGAAGCUGUAAAGAGUGUGUUCAAUAAAUGUGAAGCUCCUGU